GGUUAUCGGUGGCGGCAGAGGCAGACCGUGAAAAUGGGUUUUCGUUUUGCACUGUGAAGUUUGAGUUUACAAAAUUGAGCACUGGGUAGUGGGUAGCUGGGCUUGAAUGCCCAAAUCUUCAAAAUUGCCUAUUUUUUCAUCAAUUCUAUUUCUAAAGCUAAUUAAUUUAGAUUCAGAGAGAGAAAUUUCCUGCUCUGGCAUGGAGAUUUAGCUGGAUCGCCAUUGGAGCAAGAUUAAGCUUCAAAUCCACUUGUCUCCAGGAAGCCUCUCUUUGCGAAACUACUCUUGCCGGGGUGGAUUUCGCCGUCCGUCGUUGCUUCCACCGCCGGCCAAUCCAAGCCGGAGCUCCGUCUGCUAGACAUUGAUCACCAUCCCGCUCCCUUUGAGCUUCCCCCUUCUGUUCUGAUUUUUCGUCUGAAUACACUGAGAUCUCCUCCCUCUCGCACGCCGCCGCCCCCUUUCGGUAUCAACGGCGGCUAUCAGGAUCCAAUACUGAACGCAAAUGGCGUCAUUUCUGCGACUGAUUGCUUUGCUCUGUUUGCCAAUCUUAUUUGCUGUAUCUGCCAUUGGAUCGGUAUCUGAGGGAUCAGAAGAAGAUUUCUCCGAGGACUUGUUGCUCAAACCCUUGCCUGACCGCAAAGUGUUGGCUCAUUUUCACUUCCAAAGCAGAGCUCCUUCGUCCCGCUCCAACUCCUAUGGCCGCCACCACCACCUAUUCCCUAAGGCCAUUUCUCAGCUGGUUUAUAAAUAUCGAAUUAAGGAAAUGGAGCUGUCUUUCACGCAAGGUCGUUGGCGCUAUGAUCGUUGGGGUGGAUUUGAUUCGAUAUCAAGCAGCAAUGCAAAGCCUUCGGGAGUUGAGUUGUGGGCUGUCUUUGAUGUUCCCUCAAAUGACGUUGAUGCGUCUUGGAAAAAUUUGACCCAUUCACUUUCAGGUCUUUUUUGUGCUUCAAUCAACUUCCUGGAGUCUUCAACUUCUUAUUCUGCGCCUAAAUGGGGCUUUCAUUCUGCUUCUGAGAAUAUGAGAUAUGGUACAUUACCACGUGAGGCUGUCUGCACAGAGAACCUAACACCAUGGUUAAAGCUUCUUCCUUGUCGUGACAAAUCAGGGCUUUCAGUAUUGAUGGAUCGACCAUCUAUCUACAAAGGAUUUUAUCAUUCUCAGAGGUUGCAUUUGCGGUCAUCUGAAUUUGAUUCUAAUGCUGUGGAUUCAGCCAUUGUACUUGACCAAACACUCACAGUUGUUCUUCAGCCUCACAGUCAUAGAGGUACUUUUAGUCCUUCAACUGCUACAAGAUUACAACCAAGCUGGUCUCUUAGCUCAAUUUUUGGUAGGAAAGUCACUGGAAGAUGUGCUCUUGCCAAGUCUAGUAAUGUUUACAUUCAUCUUGAUAGAGGUCUCAUGGCGGAACUGCAAGGAAUGCUUAGGGAACAAGAGAUCUUAGCAAUUACAAGAUCUAGCUCUGAAGGUUUUAGAAGCAACCCUGCUUUUGAGUUGUCUGCUAAUCCUGACAGAGUACAUAUGGAGAUAAAUAGUAGAGAUGACAAGCCCUCAUCGAUAAUUUACAUGUUUAUGGUGGAGGAGAAGUACGAUGACUCUGAACCUCUUGACUUGAGAUUCACAUGGAAAAUUUCUGUAGUUUGGUCUAUUCCACAAGCACCAUUACAUGUGACAAGGUUUUUACUGGGUAGUGGGAAUGAAAGGGGUGCUAUUGCUUUACAGUUAAAAUCUACAAAACCUAGUGACAGGUUGAUGCCUGAUACUGUGAUCACAGACAGCUGUAGCUUGCUGGUUAAAGUUUUCCAAGUUGUUCCUUGGUAUAUCAAGGUGUAUUAUCAUACUCUUCAAGUAUUUAUUGACGACCAACCAAAUGCAAUUACAAAUGUUGUUGAGAAAAUGCAAGUUUCACCUUCUAAAGAUAAGGUUUCACCAGGGGUGAUGGAGGUGCUCCUGAAAUUUCCUUGUGGCUUGAAAUCAGCUGCUCUAACCAUAGAAUUUGAUAAGGGUUUUCUGCACAUUGAUGAAUACCCACCAGAUGCUAAUCAGGGAUUGGACAUUCCAUCAGCUGUAAUAACUUUUCCUGAUUUUCACGCAAGCACGCAGUUAACUGAAAAUAAUUCUUCAAAAUCACCAAUCCUGUUGAAAUUGCAGGAUCAGAGUCCCAUUCUGUCUUACACAGAAGUAUUGCUUGUGCCUUUGACCACUCCUGAUUUUAGCAUGCCUUACAACGUGAUCACCAUCACGUGCACAGUGCUCGCUUUGUAUUUUGGAUCUUUGCUCAAUGUCCUUCGAAGGCGUGUCGGUGAGGAGGAAAGAUUUCUGAAGAGCAAAGCGUCGAAAAAGUUACAGAUUUCGCAGAUUGCAUCAAAGUUGUUGGCCAAACUUAGAGGAAGACAUUGGGAACCCUCUGAGCCUGAGGCACAAUCAUCUUCUUCAUCUUUCUUUAACUCAAAGCUGGUGUUUAAAGUGAUUCUAGUGGGUGGACUUGCUGCUGCUUGGCAAUAUUAUUUUGGAUGAGGUAUUUAAGAAACCAAGUGCUAGUGUUGAAUGUAAUGUACCAUAGUGUUGUCAAAUAGAUUUUUGUUCAUGUACAUUGUGAUUUCUUUUCUAACCAUACCCUAAUUUUGCUGAAAGGGUAGAUUUAGAUUUACAAACUAGACUGGAUUUAGGUCAUUUCUUUUCCCAAGAAUAUGGCAUUUUCAAAAUACGAAGUGUAGGACAUGUUUUGUAUUUAUUGGCUCUAUUUGUUCUUUAGAGAGAGGAGAAAUAGAUGUUCUCAUUGUUGA